ACAAAUGUUUACCUGAAACCCAAUUGGAAAUCAAAACAUGUUUAUUUUAAAUUAUUAAAUAGAUUUCUUUAACAACAUUUUCGUAUAAAGUUAUACGCCUGUGAUUAAGAAUACUAUCAGGUCUAAGGAACGCAAAGCCAUUAACAGGCGCGCUUUUAACAAACUUCAAUCUUCUAAUUAGGCGCAUGCUAAAAUUGUCCCAUAACAUUAGGAAACAUGGAACCGCUAGCGCCGGAUGUAUUUACCACACAAGCCAAAGAGCUCUCAGAAGCUGAGAAGCAAAAGUUAGAAGAGCAAAACAAACGUGGUUUCGUGCCCGAAUUUAAAGCCAACAAGCUGGAAACAGACGCCCAGCGGAACUGGGAUAUAUUCUACAAGCGGAAUGAGACUCGUUUUUUCAAGGAUCGCCACUGGACUACGAGGGAGUUCCAGGAGUUAUUGGACCAGGAGGCAUCAGAGGAGAAACGCACCCUAUUUGAAGUCGGCUGCGGCGUGGGCAACCUAGUGUUCCCGCUCCUAGAGGAGCAAACCAGCGAGGAAGGAUGCUUUACAAACAAAAGAUUCUACUUCUACGCCUGCGACUUCUCACCCCGUGCUGUAGACUUCGUGCGAUCCAAUCCUCUGUACGACUCCAACCAGAUAACAGCUUUUCAAUGCGAUAUCACCACGCAACAGGUGCAUGAGCACAUCUCAUCUGGCAGUCUUGAUGUCUGUACCCUGGUCUUUGUGCUUUCCGCUAUACAUCCACAAAAGUUCAAGGAUGUAGUUCAGAACCUGUGGAAGCUACUGAAACCAGGAGGAUUGGUUCUCUUUAGGGAUUAUGGACUCUACGAUAUGGCACAGUUGCGUUUUAAGCCGGGCAACAAGAUUGCCGAAAAGCUUUAUGUGCGCCAGGAUGGCACCCGCAGCUACUUCUUCUCUGAAGAAGAAGUAUCCAAACUUUUUAAGGAGAAUGGCUUCGAGAUAAUCACCAACGCCUAUGUCCACCGGAGAACUCUCAAUCUCAAGGAAGGCGUUGAUGUGCCGCGAAUUUUCCUGCAGGGAAAGUUCAGAAAAAAGAGCGAUUGACCCAAAAGAGUUGGUUACGUAUUUAGUUGUUGUAUUUAUUUUAAAUCAAUAACAUGGUUCAAGUCAACGUUCAAUAAAUAUUUGUAUGUAUAUAUUAGUUUACACAUGUAUAUGCUAAUAAG